AUGUCGGGUGCCAGUUUAAUUCAAUAUGCAUUAUCACUAAAAGCUCCAAUUAACACUUGGACAAAGUCCCAAAUCAAGGCUAUUUAUAACUACCCCUUGAUGGAUUUAGUCUUCCAUGCUCAAUUACAACACCGUAGUCAUCAUAAUCCAAGGGAAGUUCAGUUAUGUACUUUGCUUUCAAUCAAAACAGGGGGUUGUAGUGAAGAUUGUAAGUAUUGUGCCCAAUCUUCUCGUAAUGAUACGGGAUUAAAAGCUGAAAAAUUGUUAACCCUUGAUACUGUAAUGGAAAAAGCCAGAAUUGCUAAACAGAAUGGCUCCACUAGAUUUUGUAUGGGUGCUGCAUGGAGAGAUAUGCAUGGUAGGAAAUCAGGAUUGAAGAAGAUAAGUGAAAUGGUGUCCACUAUCAAUACUGAAUUGGGUAUGGAAACUUGCGUUACCUUAGGGAUGAUUAAUUCUGAACAGGCCAAAACCUUGAAACAAGCUGGAUUAACUGCUUAUAAUCAUAACAUUGACACUUCUAAAGAACAUUACCCCAAUAUUAUUUCUACCAGAUCUUUUGACGAAAGAUUACAAACCAUUCAAAAUGUUGAAAAUGAGGGUAUAUCUGUUUGUACUGGGGGAAUCUUAGGUUUGGGAGAAACUGAGGAAGAUAGAAUAAGUUUUCUUCAUACAUUAUCAAAUUUAGAUAAACAUCCUGAAUCUUUACCCAUUAAUAGAUUAGUUCCAAUCAAAGGUACUCCAAUUGUUGAAGAAUUGGAAAAAAACCAAAAGAAAUUGGAAUUUGACCUGAUCUUGAGGACCAUUGCAACUGCUAGAUUGAUCAUGCCUGAAUCAAUCAUUAGAUUGGCUGCAGGGAGAUAUACCAUGAAAGACUAUGAACAAUUCUUGUGUUUCAUGGCUGGUUCUAAUGCUAUUUUCACCGGUGAAAAAAUGUUGACUACUAUGUGCAACGGUUGGGAUGAAGACAAAGCACUUCUUUCUAAAUGGGGAUUAGUACCAAUGGAAAGUUUCAGGGGAAAGAAAGAGGACAUUGAUGUUGAAAAAGCUAGUCCUUUCUUUCAACCUCCUCAAAAAAAACACGAUAUGGUAUCAAUCGUCUAA